AUGAAUAAAACGAAUCCGUUGAUAAUUGAUAUGUUUGUUUGUUCGCUGCUUUAUUUGAAUACAGGAGCGGUUCCGAAAAAGAUUUUGGAGUUCAUGAAUGAGCCUGGACUUACUAGAGAGCAUGUAGCAAGCCAUUUGCAGAAGUACAGGCUUUAUUUGAAGCAAAUAUGUGAAGCAAAGGCUAGAGAUCAAGAUGGCAUGCCAUAUAAUUGGAAUCAAACACCAUUUAGGUCAGGCUUUACAUGGACCCAAUUCCCAACUUUAGCUCACAAUAGCUACUUGCUAAACUAUGCUAGUGCUUUAAGCCUAUCAAAAGUGUCAGCAUCAAAAACUAAGAAGAAAAUCAAUGCUAAUACUAAAGUGAGACACAAUUUUAACAAUCAACCCACAUAUGAAAUUGGUUCAUCAUCAUCAUCAUCUCAAGGUUUUAGUACCUGGUUUAACAAUACUAAUACAUUGGAUCAACCGAUGACUCGUUCUGAACACCUUAUGCGACCAUUCAUUUUGGAAAGUUGUUUGGUGGAGGAAGAAAAUCAAAACCAAAGAAAUUUUCGUGAUGAUAAUGAUUUAGAAGGUUUCGUAGCCCCAAGGAUGUCAAAUGUCGCGCAACCUCAAUGUGGGUACUCAAAUGUUGCACGAAGUUCAAGUGCACAAGCUCAAAUUGAUGGCGGAUUUAGUAGAUCUUACGGUUGUUUCAUAGACAAUGAAAUAGACAAUUAUUACAACAAUAUGUUGCUGCAACCACAACAAAGUUCAACUGAUGUUGCUCCUCAUCCUUAUCAGGUGAAUAACUUUGUUGGGAAUAUGAACAACUUUGUUCCACAAUCAGAUUUGUAUAUGACCGGCAUUCCAAACUAUGUUGCACAACAAAUGACUCCUAUGGAAAAUAUGUACAGCUUUAGUGGGCAACAUUCCCAGCAAGGUCCUAGUAUGACUAACAUAUGCGACUUUGGUGGGAAAUCUGAAUAUGUUAAUAUGGGCAACUAUUGUGGGCAACCCGGUGUUGGAUUUUCUAUGGCCAAUAUGUACAACUUUGGAGCACAACCUCAUGCUUAUAAUGUUUCCCAAAUGCCCUACUUUGGAGAGCAACAACCACCUUAUGUGCGCAAUAUGUGCAACUUUAUUCAGCAACACCGCCCUUUGGUUGACGAAAAAACCAAACUACAACCUCAUAUGAGCAACAUGUCCAACUUUCUUGGGAAAUCUCAUGUUGAUUAUGGUGUUAUGAAUACAGAUUCAAAUGAAAUUGUGGAGCAAGAACUUGAACCUACUAUGCUUGAUGAAAACAUGUCCAACUUGAACAUUUCUGCUAUUUGUACAGAAGUGGAGACUCCUUAUAGCAUGGUUGACAAUGUCUUACUUAAUGUUGAUCGACCACAAGAUAUAAAUAACAAUGAUAACAAACCUUCUACCCAACAAGUGGUUGUUGAAAAUCAAGGACACAACAUUAAUCCUAGGUCGGACAUUGAACUUUAAAAGGUAUUUUUGCACAAUUAAAACUAUAUUGGUCUUAAUUUUAUUUGGUCAUGUUUAUUUUUCAUGCAAUGUUUAAAACCCUUUUAGUAAAAUUCAUAAAACUUUCUCUUGG